AUGCCACUCACGUUUGCCGCCAACAAGUCAUAUGCGCAUAGGUUAGCCUGCCUUUCUCUCUACAAAGCCCUCCUCAAAGAAUGCGCUAGUCUAUCAGCGGGUGCUGGCAUCAGCAAAAGCAAUGGACUUUCAUCUACCCUCCAAUCAUUAGUCCGUUAUCGAUUUAGACAGGACAAAAAUCUCCUCUCAAUAGCGGCCAUUGGGAAGGGACUCGAUGCAGGCAACGAAUUCUUGCGGCUUCUACAGGCGUGUGUCGCAAGAUCUGGCACUGCAAUUGACAAACUCGAAGUGAUACUGCAGUCAGCCAUGUCACGGGCUGAGGCCACAGCAACCAUCAAGGCAAGGAAUGCCACCUUCUGGCAGGCAGCUUCUCCCAAGAGACUGCCACAUAUUGAACAUAUCCGCCGUGUGUCCCGGAAAGACCUUCAACGGCCCUCGCCAAACGGCCCUGCAAUCUUCCUCCGUCCAAAACCACUGUCUGAAAUCACCUGGCCAAGAAGAAAGGUGCCGCGUUAUCUUAUCACCAGUGGAAUACCAGUUUUGAAGUACCCUGGCCCGCAACCAGUUUUGAUAAACCGGAUCAUCAAACAGAAAUGGCGGCGGAAUUACAAAUCUGUAGAAAUGCUGGAGUCCUUGGAAGAAGCGCGAAACAUGGCGGAACAUGAGGAUGUGUGGGACGACUUGGUUGAACGACAUGUUAGCGAUGAGAACAGAGGGUCUCCUGCCUCCCAAGGAAGCCAUGUGGCAGAUGAACGAAUGACUGGCACUUGGCAGGAUGCAUAUCAUUUGUCGAUUCGAAAGGUCGCGGCAACUCGUUACGGAAAUGAACGAACAAAUGCGGCCAUGGGUGAAAAGCUAUACAAAGUUUUGGUGGAUGAACGGGAGUUGAAGGAGAAAGAACGGCGAGCUGCUAAACACGAACGGAGAAUGGCAAGAAAACGUGCUCUAGGAUAUGUCAGCCUUUCGGCCGGUGUUGAUGAGGGUGCUGUGCCUGUUGCAACCGAGACCGAUGAGCUGAAGUGA